AUGGAAGAUAAAGCUCAUCACUUUGUUAGCAAGCUAGCCAGUGGAAUUGCUGUGUGGCCGAGAAGCCUUGGAGCACAGGUGGCUGUGGAGGUGCGGCUGCUUACAAAGAUGAGGAAGACAAUGCUGCCAAAGAUCAACCAGCCCAAUCCCCAUAGCGGGAAUUCGAAAAGUGACUUUAUCUUCUUGCAGAGGGAGAAGCAGAAAGAAGCGGUUGCACUGGUACAUAAGUGCUCACACGAAAAGCUGCCACCUUGGGUAGCACUUCAGCGUGGUUUCUUCUCUCGGAAUGAGUUUGAUUCUACUUCAGGGUCUGAAUUCUCAGAGUCGAUUGCGAUUCAGGUCAAGGAGAGAUUUUUCAUAAAAGCCCGCUUUGGAAGCUGAGGAACAUGCGUUCUCUCAGCGCUGGGGGUCUCUUUUCUCGCCGAGUGCCCCUGGAGCCAUCUGACCUACGUGAAUAAACUCAAUUGUCAUC